AUGGAGGUUGCAUAUAAGGCAGAGUUAUUGAUUAACUCGACACUUGUUGGUGAUAAAUGUGAAGAUUCUUUGGAUGCUAUUGCUAGAGAUAUAAAUCUUCUGAAGAUUGAAGCCCUGGAGAUCAAUAAUGGUCAAACCCAGAGAGUUAACAAGAAUUCCAUUCACAUAGCGUCACAACUUGCUGUCGCCGUACACAAUGAGGAUCUCGUGGGUCUUGAUGACAAGGUGAAAACUAUCAUUGAUCGACUUACGAGAGGAUUAAAGCAGUUGGAUGUUGUUCCCAUUGUGGGUAUGCCUGGGCUUGGUAAGACCACAUUAGCCAAUAAAGUUUAUACUGCUUCUUCAGUUAGGUCAUAUUUCCAUGUUCGUGGCUGGUGUUGUGUUUCUCAAACAUAUAGCAAGCACAGUUUGUUUGUUCAGCUUUUGUGUAGUAUUCAUUCUAAGAGUCCAGACGAAUAUCUUAAGAUGGAUGAAAAUGAUUUGGUUCAGAAGCUAAAGCAAGUUUUGCUGAGAACUAGGUAUCUCCUCAUUUUAGAUGACUUGUGGGAUGUUGAGGCAUGGAAUUUGUUGGAAAACUCAUUGCCAAAUGAUGUCAAUGGAAGCAGGAUUCUUUUCACCAGCAGAUUCCAGGAUUUGUCUUUGCAAUUUAAACCUGGCAGCGAGCCUUACCAUCUCUGCCAACUUACUGACGAAGAGAGUUGGGCAUUGCUACAGAAAAAGCUAUUUGACAAAGAAGGUUGUCCUCCAGAACUAAGUGAAGUUGCAUAUCGAAUAGCAAAAAUUUGUAGGGGCUUACCCCUCACAAUUGUCCUUGUUGCUGGAAUUCUUGCUACUAUUGCACAAGAUAGUUGGGAAGAAGUUGCAAAAACUCUAAACUCUGUUGUCCUUCAGGAUGAAUACUGCAUGAAGACAGUUGAGCUGAGUUAUAGUCAUUUACCGGAUUAUUUGAAGUCAUGUUUUCUAUCCUUUGCUGCAUUUCAAGAAGAUGGGGUUAUUAGUGUCCGAAAGUUGUUAUGGCUUUGGAUCUCUGAAGGAUUCGUGCAACAGAUUGAAGGAAAGAGUUUAGAGGAAGCGGCUUACAACAACUUGAUGGGUCUAAUUAAUAGAAGUUUAGUUGUGGCUAACAAAAAAGGAGCCAUGAAUGGUGCCAAAACCUGCCAACUUCAUGAUUUGGUACACGAGUUUUGUGUGAAAAAAGCCGAAGAAGAAUGUUUUCUACAUAUUAUUCAUAGUUGGAAAGACCCUUUUGGUCUUACUGGACCAAGCAAUCCCCACCGAGUUUGUGUUCAUGAUACCAGGAAAUUGAAGAGUUGGGAGUUAAUGCUACUUUUUCCCAAUUUACGCUGUUUGCUCUUACUUGGAAAUCAAGAGGAGGAUGGGGGGAUUUUGUUACCUAAACUUCUUAGAGUGUUGGAUUUGGGGGUUUUGAAUUUUAGGAAAUCAUUUCCGAUGGAAGUAGUAUUGCUUGUUCACUUGAGAUACCUGGUGCUCUGUCGAAUACGAUCCAUCCCAUCUGCAAUAGACAACCUCUCAGGGUUGAAAGUUCUUAUCGUACGAGUGCCGCUUUCUGAUGUUGAGCUGCCGGAAACUAUUUGGAACAUUAAUACAUUGAGUUAUCUCAAUAUUAAGAAAUUGGAAUUUGCGACUUGGGGUUUCAUUUUUCCAGAUGGAAAUCUUGAAGUAUCCCCUGAUUUAGAUCAUUUAGACACUUUAAACCUUGCAAUUGAUACUGCAAAAGAUACUUGCAAAAGACACUUGCAAAAGAUACUGAAAAAGUUACCAAGCAUCCGUAGGCUAAAAUGUUGGAGACCAUAUCGUUUACAAGCAGCUCUCAGAAAUUGCGACAAGAUUCUUGUGUUUGACUGUUUGAAUCAACUACAAUCACUUUGUUUGACUGAUUUUGGUGGAUAUGGAUUUAAAUUCCCAUUGAAUUUGAAGAAGUUGACUCUCAAAUGGAAUUAUCAGCCAUGGAGUGAAAUUUCAACAGUUGGAAAGUUGCCUCACCUUGAAGUGCUUAAAUUACUGAGGAAGUCCUUUGUUGGGAAAGUAUGGGUAAUGAAAGAAGGGGAGUUCCCUAACCUCCGAGUCUUGCAAUUGUCAGGGUUGGGCAUUCGCAGAUGGACCGCAUCUUCUGGUAAUUUUUCUCGUCUUGAGAAAUUGGUCGUGCACAGCUGUUGGAAUCUGGUAGAGGUCCCUUCUUGUUUAGGGGACUGUCCGACUCUUGAAAUGAUUGCGGUGGUAGGUUGUAGUGUGUUUGUUGUAAAUUCUGUAAAUCAAAUUCGGCAAGAACAGAUGGAUGGGGGAAAUGUGGUUCUAAAGAUGGUGAUUGAAGAUAGUUCUGAACCAUCUUCCUCAGAAGACGAGUCGAGUUCCCAAGAAGGAUAG